AUGUGGUGUGCGGAGUCACUUGUGCUUGGGAUACCCGAAGGAAAAGAGCUGGGCUUUAUCAGUUUUGCUGCAAGUGCACCUUUGUCAUGUCCUCAGCAGCCACUAAAACGCUUCAGAGAACCAAAGCAUGAAAGACGUCCCUGGAGGAUAUGGUUUUUAGAUACUUCCAAGCAAGCCAUAGGGAUGUUGUUCAUCCACUUCGCAAAUGUCUAUUUAUCAGACCUUACAGAAGAAGACCCUUGCUCACUGUAUCUUAUCAACUUCUUGUUAGAUGCCACACUAGGAAUGCUGUUAAUCUACAUUGGUAUUCGUGCAGUCAGCAGCCUGGUGGAAUGGCAGCAGUGGGAGUCCCUUCGCUUUGGUGAAUAUGGUGACCCACUGCAGUGCAGUGCUUGGAUGGGCCAAUGUGCUCUGUACAUAAUGAUUAUGACAUUUGAGAAAACCAUCAUCAUUAUAGUGCUGCUUAUACCUCAGUGGAAAGAGGUAGCUUUAUUGAAUCCUAUAGAGAACCCCCAGCUGGAGCUGGCUAUCGUCAUGCUGAUAGUUCCUUUCUUUGUUAAUGCAUUCAUGUUCUGGGUAGUAGAUAAUUUUCUUAUGAAAAAAGGGAAGACAAAAGCUAAACUUGAAGAAAAGGAAGCAGGACAAGAUUCAAGAAAUGGAAGUAAAGUCCGAUACAGGAGAGCAGCAUCACAUGAAGAGUCAGAGUCAGAAAUCCUUAUUUCAGCAGAUGAUGAGAUGGAGGAAUCAGAUGCUGAAGAGGACCUGCGCAGACUGACCAACCUGAAGCCUAUUAAGAAAAAGAAGCAUCGUUUCGGUCUGCCUGCACAAGCACAAUUUACCCCUGUGAAAAAGAAGCGUCCUCCAGUGAAGGAAGAAGACCUUAAAGGAGCCAGAGGAAACCUUGCCAAAAACCAGGAAAUUAAAUCCAAAACCUACCAAGUCAUGAAGCAGUGUGAACAAAUGGGCUCUGCAGCACCUUCCAUAUUCAGCCGGAAUCGGACAGGGGAUGAAACAGUUUUUGAUAAACCAAAAGAAGCACCAGCCAAGAGCGUUUUUGGCUGA